CCUCCCCUACUACUACUAAUAAUACUACUUGUAUUCAACACGUCGGUAACGCCUGAACUUCUUCUCUGACCUGUAAUUUACUCAAAUUUUCAAAGUGAGAGACUAUUCCUGGAAAAAGGAGAAAAAAGGGUCUCUUCUUUUGGCUUCCUCCAUCAGAAUUUGAGGGAUUGAAUUUUGAGUAAAGAUCUAUCAAUCAAUCUAUCUAUCUAUCUAUCUAUCUAUCUAUCUAUCUAUCUAUCUAUCUGCAGAGAAGAAAAAGGGAAUGGCAACAUUUGGAGGGACAACACAGAAGUGUAAGGCCUGUGAGAAAACUGUCUACUUGGUUGAUCAACUUAAGGCUGACAGCAAAGUCUAUCACAAGUCUUGUUUCAGAUGUCAUCAUUGCAAGGGUACUCUCAAGCUAAGUAACUACAACUCCUAUGAAGGAGUUUUAUACUGCAGACCUCAUUUUGAUCAACUAUUCAAAAUGACUGGCAGCCUGAACAAGAGUUUUGAAGUAGGGGCUCCAAGAACAGCCAGGGAAAGAUCUGCUGAUCAGGGACAAUCAAACAGCAAAGUUUCAGCUUUGUUUGGUGGAACUCAAGAUAAAUGUGUAUCCUGCAAGAAAACUGUUUACCCCCUUGAAAAGGUGGCUGUUGAUGGCACGUCGUACCACAGGGCAUGUUUCAAAUGUAGCCAUGGGGGCUGUGUGAUUAGUCCAUCAAAUUAUGUGGCUCAUGAUCAUAAGCUUUAUUGUAGGCACCAUCACACGCAGCUCUUCAAGCAAAGAGGCAACUUCAGCCACAUGGAAGAUCAGGAGAAGGUUAAAGGGGUGAUUGCAAAUGGAAAAGCAUAGAGUCCUUCCAUGAAAGUUUUCGUGUUCGUGUGAUUUUGCAAUACAACAUCGAGAGUCAGCGUUCUGGCCUUAAUCAGGUCAAGAGGUUAAUACAUACAAGAAGGUUAUUGCCAAUGCCUAUAUAUGCUAUUUCAUGAGAGUCAGCAAAGAUCACUUCAUCUUUCUUUUCUGUUGGUGUGCUUUACUUGAUGAAUAAGAUAGUUUUGCCUAAAGUAUGUAUAAUGAAAUUGCUCUUGUGGUUGUCCUGAAAUUGGCGUGGCUUUUAUCAGGGAAUAAUCUACUUCCCUUGGUUCAUAAUUCAUUUUUCAGUUUUCCUUUUGUUGCAAUUUCUUUUGACUACUUGUGCUCAAUUAUAAAGUGAUAAAUUCCAUGUUAUGCUA